UUUUACGGUUAGUGUGAUUUCCGUGUUUCCAAAUCGUGUAGUCACUGUGGGAAGCUGCAGCUAACAGUGCUGCUUCAUAGCUGAGGAGAAGAGUUUCCAGGUUCCAGUAGUUUGGAAAACACCACAACACCUCCACAAUGUCUAUUAUGUCCUACAAUGGAGGGGCUGUCAUGGCCAUGCGGGGGAAGAACUGCGUGGCGAUAGCAGCAGACCGAAGAUUUGGCAUUCAGGCUCAGAUGGUCACCACAGAUUUCCAGAAGAUCUUUCCCAUGGGAGAUAGGCUGCACAUUGGGCUGGCUGGACUGGCCACUGAUGUUCAGACAGUAUCCCAGAGGCUAAAAUUCAGACUGAACCUGUAUGAACUGAAGGAGGGCCGCCAGAUCAAGCCCAAGACCUUCAUGAGCAUGGUCUCCAACCUACUGUACGAGAAGAGGUUUGGGCCGUACUACAUCGAGCCUGUGAUCGCUGGACUAGAUCCCAAAACCUUUGAGCCGUUCAUCUGCUCCUUGGAUUUGAUCGGUUGCCCCAUGGUGACCGAGGACUUUGUUGUGAGUGGCACCUGUUCGGAGCAGAUGUACGGCAUGUGUGAGUCUUUGUGGGAGCCAGACAUGGAACCAGAGGACCUGUUUGAGACCAUCUCCCAGGCGAUGCUGAACGCAGUUGACAGGGAUGCAGUGUCUGGCAUGGGAGUUGUUGUUAAUGUCAUUGAGAAAGACAAGCUCACCACACGAACCCUGAAGGCCAGGAUGGACUAGAGCUUCUGUUUCUCCCCCCACGUCACCACACAUAUUUUGUAUAAAAGUAAUAAACAAUGCCUGUACUCUU